AUGCCCGGUCUCUGGUCAUCGUUGCGCGUAGCUUCCUUGGUUGCCAUCUGCGCGUCCGCCUCGGCGCUCCCAUCAGCAAACAAUCUGUUCGAGCGCCAGACUACUUGCGCGGCAAAUUUCUCCCAAUGCAAACAGUCUAAUUUUCCAAGCUACUUUUGCUGUCCAAACAACCAGGCCUGCAUUACCCUCGCGGGCGCCACGACUCUGCUAUGCUGCCCUGCGGGUGCCAACUGCGCGAGGAUAUUGCCCAUCGCUUGUGAUAUCAACCAGCAAGAUGGCGAGAAGCACCCAGAUGCCGUGGUUAAGACAACCGCUCUGCGAGGCACUCUGCAGACUUGCGGUAGCAACACCUGCUGCCCCUUUGGCUACUCAUGUACCCCCAAUGGUGCCGAGUGUCAGAUGAAUGCAAACCAAAACGCCGCUCCUUUCCAAACACUGGCAACAACGUCAACGACAGGCACCGCCAUAACCACAAGCGCAACCACAAGCGCAACUACAAGCGCAACUACAAGCGCAACCACAAGUGCCACUACCAGCUUCAUCACGAGCAGUCCCAUUGGCGCCAACAACACGACGAGUGGACCCCCCAUCGGCGUCAUAGUAGGGGCGUCGGCAGGAGCUACCAUGGCCGCUAUUAUCGGCGUCCUUAUUACUUGCGUUCUCCUCAGGCGCGGGAAGAAGCCGGCGGAGCAGUUGGAUAGGCUUAAGCUGUCCCGGUCAACCUCGUCCUUUGGAAACUUCAUCAGCAACCCGAUCGCGCCCGAAGGCACGACACUGCGAACCGACUUUGGCCGGUAUCCGCCUCCGCGCAUUCCCGAUGAUCAAGAAGGGUCCGUUACAGGAGACCUUCUUCGCAACUCAAUAGACUCGACAAGCACGGGCGGAGCGGUGAUGAAGCCCCCUAACGCCGCGCGCCAUAGUAGCAUAGCAGUCGGGAUCGCUACGCCCCCGCCCCAGUCCGGCGGUGGUGCCCGGUCCCCGUUCGUGGCAAACGAGGACGACGCGCUAAUGCCCGAAACCCCACGACCAUACCGUGAACCGAGCUCCGUGAGCAUCAACGUGUUUGCCGACCCAAGCACGAUAACACCCGAGGGUUCGCCUGAGGGACCAGACCGGCGGCGCUACAGCCACCUGACAACAUUUACCCAGAUGAUGGAGGGCGCCGGCUUAGGCGCUGUUGCGCAGGGCCAGGGCUUCGUGCCGUACCGCCCUGACAGCGGCUACACUCAAGCAGCCAGCCGA